AAUGAAAAAAGGUGGAGGUGCCGUGAGGUAUUCAAGAAGCGGUCAAUAGAUGUUACGUGUCCAGCUAGGACUUACGUUCAAGACACAAACAAAGACUAGUUAAAAGAAAGAGAGAGAGAGAGAGCGGCGGAGAGGUUAGUGAAGAAGAAAUGGAGUCGAGUGAGGAUGUGGAGGUUCUGAGCAGAGCCAUCGAGAAACUUCUUGAUGACAAGAGGAAGAGAGAAGCUGCUGGUGACGCCUUCAUCGAAGACGAUGAUGAUCAGCUUUUGCUCUCUAGGCUUAUCUCUCAGUUGGAAUCACCAAACCAAAAAACUGUUGGGACUACCAAAGAAGAAGAAGAAGAAGAAGAAAAAGAAUCGCUACACUCCUCAGCAUCCAAAGGAAAACGCGAGGGGAAGAGACAUUUGGAAGAGAGUGUAGAAGAGAUAGCGAAAGACAUCAAGGAGGUGAAGAGGCAGAACAAAGUAACCCAUAUACUGCUCUCGGCUUUGAUCAUCUUGACAUUGACUUGGCAGCUCUCUGAGUACUCAAUGAUUUUCAUGCUGAAAGACAGAAUAAGCCACCCAAUCAGAUCCAUCGGAGGUAUGUUUUCUGGGAUAUUCAAAGAUAAGAUACCUCCUAUCAAGAAGAAACUUCCUGGGGCUUCCACUUCCAAAGAGGAAAACAACACAAACGCUGGAGUUCAUGUCCAAGUGCCCGAGCUGUUGCGAGAGUUCGGUUUCGAAGAUGAUGAUAAAUGAUUAGCUUUCGUUUGUUACAGUUUUAUAAGUAAUACAAUUGCAGUCUCGAAAUAGGGGUCUCACCCUCAAUUGUUUCUUAUUUUCAGUGUAGUGUACUUUUGUAUACGAUCAAAAUGGAAAAGAGUAGUUAUUUUCAUAUGAAUAA